AUGUUGACUACUACACCAGUGUUGGCGUUACCCGAGCCAGGGAAGCCUUACAUGGUGUAUACAGAUGCUUCAGGCAUUGGUCUUGGUUGUGUGCUGAUGCAGGAGGGCAGAGUGAUAGCAUAUGCUUCGAGACAGUGGCAGGGCAGUGAGCGUAACCGUCCUACACAUGACUUAGAGUUGGGAGCAGUGAUCUUCGCGUUGAAGAUUUGGAGGUCUUACUUGCUAGGUGAGACAGUACAGGUCUUCACGGAUCACAAGAGUUUGCAGCAUAUCUUCACUCAGCCGAUGAUGAACGCGAGACAGACGCGCUGGGUUGAGUUCUUGGCGGACUAUCAGGUGAGCAUUAACUACCAUCCGGGCAAGGCUAACCUAGUGGCGGACGCGUUGAGUAGACGGAGGUAUGAUUCCGCAGUUGAGCGAGAUGUGGAGUCUCUAGUUGGCGAGAUCAGUACCUUGCGUUUGUGUGCCAUUUCGCAGGAGCCUUUGGGUUUAGAGGCAGUGGAUCAGGCGGAUCUACUUAGCAGGAUCAGAGUUGCUCAGCAGAGUGAUCAGAGUUUGCUGGAUGCGACUAGAGUGACUGGUUCUGAGUAUGAGGUCUCUGCGAAUGGGACUAUCUUGGUUCGUGGGCGAGUUUGUGUGCCUAAGGAUGUGGAGUUGAGACAUCAGAUUUUGGGAGAGGCUCAUGCGAGCAAGUUUUCCAUUCAUCCGGGCGACCAAGAUGUACCAUGA